AUGUUAGCUGCUCGCCGUGCCGCUCUUUUAUCGCAUCGCUUCAACGUGGUGCCGUUUCCGCGCUCCCUUUCGCUCCGCCCCAAAAUCGGAUGGGAUGGGCCAAUCAGCGAAGCGGAUGGGGAAAACCGCGAAAAAUCGUUGCUGCAUCGUGCGGUGUUCUCCUUGCUGCCUGCAGCAAUGGUGAAUACGGGGAUGCUGAGCACGGUGGGGAUGCCUGCGUUGCUGGGAGCGCUGGGAUUUUGGUGGUACAAGAUCAGGCUACCGGCGAGGAAAUACGAUACGGUGGUGGAUUUGAAUCAGCAAACCAGGGCGUUGCCGGUGAGUUUUGGGAUUUUUAUGAGUAAUGGGAGCUUUAUGGUAUAUUUCAAGGUCCAAAACAAAUAUUUUUUUAAAUUAUUUUUUAAAAAUUUUUUUGGUAAGUCAUCAAAAAUUUCCAAUUUUUCAGGACGGCUCCAGAAUCGCCGCUUACCUCAAAUCCGAUGCCUUGGAAGACCACGCUUUCCCCAAUGUCCGAACUCUUUAUGACGUCAUUCGAAACGGCGCUGUGGCCUCGAACAACGGCCCAAUGAUUGGUCGGAGGGUCCGGCAAGAAGAUGGAUCCGAGCCGUACAUGUGGUACACCUACAAUGAAGUUAUGGCCAGUGCGGAUGACUUGGCCCACGCCUUUCGACGACUGGGGAUUCCAGUUGGAGACAAGACGAAUAUCGCCAUUUUUUGCCGAAAUCGACCGGAAUGGGUUAUCACUGAGCAUGCCGCGUAUAAUUUUAGGUGAGCAAGGCAAAGAGUCGCCAAAUUUUUGUGUCUAAAGUUUUCUGGAAAAACGAUGAAAAAUUUUGGCAUUAAAGAAAAUGACCCGUCAACUUGCCCAUUCUUACUGCUCAAAUUGGGCAAGUUUACUGGGCAACUGUGAACACCUCCCACGUCCUCUUUACUGAAAUUUUUUUUUAUCAUUUUUGUUAAGACAAUUUGCCCGACCGGUUAGAUUGGGCAUGUUGCGUGUUCAUUUUUCAAUAUCAAAUUCUACUCCAGGAAAUAUUAAGUUUCAUAGGAACAACUGUAUGGGCAACUUGCCCGACUUACCGGUCAAAUUGGGCAAGUUGACCGGUCGGAUUGGGCAUGUUGACUGUUCCCUCUUCAGUAUCAAAUUGAACUCCCGGAAAUGUUAAAUUUCAUAGGAACAACUGCAUGGGCAAUUUGCCCGACCGACCACUCAGGUUGGGCAUGUUGAAUGGUCAUUCUUUGUGUGCAUCUCAAGUUUUCCUUGAUGUUUUUUCGUUUCAGCAAUGUUAUUGUCCCCCUCUACGACACUCUCGGCCCAGGCGCUUCUUCCUACAUUCUCAACCAGACCGACACCGAGCUUGUGAUCUGCGACAACAUGGGGAAAGCCGACCAGAUCUUGGAAGCCAAAAUCGAAUGCCCUCAAGUCAAAUACGUCGUGGUUUGUGACACUGCGGACCUAAAUGAAGCCAGACGAAGCUAUUUCAAGUCCCAUCACAUUGAUCUGUACACUUUCCAAGAGCUGUUGGACAUGGGAAAGCUGGAGAAGAGGAUCGAGCAUUGUCGGCCGGAAAAGAAGACUUUGGCGACGAUCUGUUACACUAGUGGCACCACGGGCAAUCCGAAGGGAGUAAUGCUGACUCACGGCAAUAUUGUGGCAAAUACGACGUGUGUGAAGCCGUUGAAGGGGUUUUUUGAGGGGAAAAAUGUGAGUUUCUCGAUGGAAUUUUGAGUUUUUUUUAUUUUUUGGUAAUAUUUUUUUGGAAAGAAUGAAUUUUUUGGGGGAAAAAUUGAUUUUUGGUUGAAAUACCGCAACUUUUCCAACUUGCAAGCUAAAAAACUCACAAAAAAAAUUUUUUAGGAAGUGAUGUUCUCCUUCCUCCCCAUGGCCCAUAUGUACGAUCGGAUGCUGCAAAACACAAUGUUUUCGCUUGGAAGCCGCGUCGGCUUCUACAAUGGACAACUCACCGAACUGAUUAGCGAUCUGCAAGCGUUGCAGCCAACGAUGAUGCCGUGUGUUCCGAGGGUCCUGAAUCGAAUGUACGACCGUGUCAUGGCUCAAGUGAACUCGUCGCCAAUCAAAAAAUUGCUGUUCAAAGUGGCGAUUGAUUACAAAAUGAGGGAACUCCAGGCGUAAGUUUUGGUUUUGUAUUUGUUUUUGCUGCACUGUGCAAAAAUUUGAGUUUUUUUUGAUAGCACCGUGCGAAAUGAAAAAAAAAAGUUUUUUAUUUUUCGCACUGUGCAAAAAAUUUCCUUUGGCUUGCACAGUGCAAUAUUUUUUUUAUUUUUUGGACAUUGCGAAAUAAAAAAGUAGAUUUAUUCGGUUUUUCGCACAGUGCAAAGAAAAUUUUUGAUUUGCACAGUGCAAAAUUUUUCUUUAUUUUGUUUGCACAGUGCGAAAUAAAAAAAAAACUUUUUUGUUUUUUCGCACAGUGCAAAAUUUUUUUUCAAAUUUUUCAUUGGAAUUUUCAGCGGAAUUUGUCGCAAUGAUUCCAUUUUCGACAAGCUCGUCUUCAAGAAGAUUCAACAGUUGACGGGCGGAAGAAUGAGAGUGAUUAUUACUGGAUCAGCUCCAAUUUCUCGGAAUGUCCUCAGCUUUGCCCGAUGCGCUUUUGGGUGCCAAAUUUUUGAAGGUUAUGGACAAACGGAGUGCGUGGCGGCGGCUACGGUGAGCAAAAUUUGAAGGGAAUUUCUCAAAUUGACGAUUUUACCCCAAAAAAAUUAAGUUUUUGCAAGAAAUUUUUAUACCAAAACAUCAAAAAUUUCCGUAAAAAUUCGCAAUUUUCUCCGAAAAAAUCGAAAAAAAAUCUUGUAAAAAUUUUUUGUCAUCAUUUUUUGGGCAAAAUAAAUCCUUUUUUAACCUAUAAAAACCCGGCAUUUUCCAGGUCGGAACGAUCGGCGACACCCGUCCCGGUCAUGUCGGAAUCCCCAUUCCUUGUUGUGCCGUCAAACUAGUCGAUGCUCCGGAGCUGAAUUACCUCGUCAAGGAGGGCAAAGGUGAGGUUUGUAUUCGCGGAUACAAUGUCACUCCGGGAUACUACAAGAACGAGGAGGAGACGAAGAAGACGAUCGAUGAGGACGGUUGGCUUCACACCGGUGAUAUUGGAAUGUUCGAGGAGCAAGGCACUUUGAAGAUUAUGGACCGGAAGAAACACAUCUUCAAGUUGGCACAGGUAGGGAGAUUUUGGAAUGGAACAGGUCAAGUUGACCAAUAUGACCGGUCAAAUUGGUCAGGUUACCAGUCUGAAUUUAUGGCUUUUUCAAACGUAGAAUGAAAUUCUAAAAAAAUUGUUUGGUCAACUUGCCUAAUAUGACCGGUCAAGUUGACCAAUAUGACCGACCAGAUUGGUCAGAUUGUCAGUCUGAAUUUAUGGCUUUUUCAAACGUAUGUUGAAAUUCUAAAAAUUGAACUUGCCCAAUCUGACCGGUCAAGUUGACCAAUAUGACCGGUCAGAUUGGUCAGAUUGUCUAUGAAUUUAUGGCUUUUUCAAACGUAGAAUGAAAUUUAAAAAAAAAUUGUUUGGUCAACUUGCCUAAUAUGACCGGUCAAGUUGACCAAUAUGACCGACCAGAUUGGUCAGAUUGUCAGUCUGAAUUUAUGGCUUUUUCAAACGUAUGUUGAAAUUCUAAAAAUUGAACUUGCCCAAUCUGACCGGUCAAGUUGACCAAUAUGACCGGUCAGAUUGGUCAGGUUGUCCGUCUAAAGAUUCGGAAUUUCCAAGCGUGAUAUGAGAUAAAUAUUAUGAGACACUAAAAAUUUCCUGGUCAACUUGCCCAUUAUGACCGGCCAAGUUGACCAAUUUGACCGGUAAAACCGAUCAACUUAACCAUUGAUAAAUUUGACGGAGAUGCGAAUUUUCCGAGAGUGGGCUGAGAUACUAAAAAUUUCCUGGUCAGCUUGCCCAAAAUGACCGGUCAGGUUGCCCAAGUUGACAGAUUUUUUGGCAAAUUUAAACAUUUUUUGAGCAAUUUCAGAAUCUUCUUUUUUUUUGGUAAAAUACGCCGCCUAUUCUUUUCCAGAUAUUGAUCCUCAAUUUUCAGGGCGAAUACAUUGCUCCGGAGAAGAUUGAGAACGUCUACGCUCGUUCCCGCUACGUUGCCCAAGCCUUUGUGCACGGUGAUUCCCUGCAAAAUUCUCUGGUCGCCAUCAUCGUCCCGGAUCAUGAGACGCUCGGUCAGGCCGCCGAAAAGCAUCUCAAACUUCAGGGCUUGACCAUCGAAGAACUCUGUCAACGCUCGGAUGUGAAGAAGAUGAUUAUGGGAGAUAUGCGAGCCACGGCGCGAGAGUCGGCGCUUCAUUCGUUCGAACAGGCCAAAGCGAUUUAUUUGGAACCGGAGAUGUUCUCAAUCGAGAAUGGACUGUUGACCCCGACCAUGAAGAGCAAACGACCCGAGCUGGCCAAGAAGUACGCGUACGAAAUCGACAAAAUGUACGAGGAAAUGGGAAAAGCGAUGAAACUUUGA